AUGCCGUAUGAGAAAACAUCGAAGCGACACAAAGACAUUACACAUGCAAUUACACACUUCAUUGCAAAAGGCAUGCUGCCAAUACGCACAGUCGAAACGGCAGAAUUCAAACAGCUAAUGAAUGUGAUCGACCCUCGUUAUCAACUCCCAGGACACAAGCACUUUUCGCAGACAGCAAUCCCAAACAUGUACACAGAGUGCAGAGGGAUGGUUGAGAGGGACCUGCAAGCCGUGUCAUACUUUGCCACCACAUCGGACAUGUGGUCAAGUCGAACGUCAGAACCAUAUAUGAGCCUCACUGCUCACUACAUUGAGCAAGACUGGACUUUAAAGAGCAAAUGCCUCCAAACGGCAUACUUUCCCAAGGACCAUACUGAGAGAACCGGAAAGAACAAGAAAGUGGAGCGUGCUGUGGGUGUGUGUAAGAAAGCAGUGGCUGCCUUCAGCUUCUCUUGGAAGAAGAAGAGAGACCUGGCUGCUGCUCAGGAAGAGCUUCACCUACCCCAGCACAAGUUAGUGACCGAGUCACCCACCAGGUGGGGCUCACGUCAGAAGAUGGUUGAAAGAAUGCUGGAGCAGCAGGAAGCCAUCGCUCAGGUCUUAGGUGCAGACAAAAAGACAAGACAACUGGUUCCUGCAUGGCAAGAAAUAGAGGUCCUGGAAUCUGUGCAUGGGGCCCUGAAUACACUACUGGAAUUCACUGAUUCACUCUCCAGUGAAAAUUAUGUGAGUGUGUCAUACCUCAAGCCGAUGCUGCAACUUUUCAGAACACAGAUUCUGAAGCCAGCCGACGAUGAAACACAGCUCACCAAAGAAUUGAAGAUGACAGUCAUGUCAUACCUGGAUGAAAAGUAUACUGAUCCGAUUACUGAGGAACUGCUUGAUAUUGCAACGUUGGUUGAUCCGCAUUUCAAGGUGCAAUACAUCAACCCAGAAAACAUUGAUGCCAUCAAAAUGAGAGCUGUGUCUGAGAUGCUGGAGGACCUGUCCACUUCAGUCAGAACAGAGGAAGCAGCACCAGAACAAGCAGAGGCAGGAGAUGCUGCAGUGCCUCCCCCCCUGAAGAAACAAAAAAAGUCAUUGGGCAGCUUCUUUAAGAAAUCGCACUCCAGCCCAGAACUCAAUGACAGAGAGAGAGUUGAGAGCGAACUUGAAAACUACCUGAUGGCAGCAGAUGCAGACAGCGAAACGGACCCACUGCAGUGGUGGAAGAUCAAUGAAAGAAACUUCCCAAGACUUAGCUGCCUUGCAAAGCGCUAUUUAUGCAUCCCUGCAACCAGCACACCCUCUGAGAGGGUAUUUAGCACAGGGGGUAACAUUGUGACCUGCCACAGGGCAGCUUUAAAACCUGAGACAGUGGAUAGACUUGUCUUCCUCGCUUGUAACCUGUAA